AUGGCUGUUGACAUGGAAAAGCAUGCCGUUGAGGGCGAUACCUACGCGGUCAAGCCAGAGACCACAUUGGUCGAAGACGCAAUGACACCCGAGUUCACUCUUGCCGAGCAGAAGAGCAUCAUGCGCCGCGUCGACCGACGCCUCGUCACCACCGUGGGCUUCAUGUACUGCGUCUCGCUGAUGGACCGCACCAACCUGGGAGCUGCCAACAUUGCAGGCCUGGCAAAGGAUCUAAAACUGACAGUCGGAGCCCGCUAUUCCAUUAUCAGUUUGGUGUUCUUCGUCCCGUACAUCAUUUGUCAGGCGCCGUCGACUGUCAUCGUGCGCAAGGUCGGUCCGCGCCUGCACCUGUCGCUGAUCACAGUCUGCUGGGGGGCCGUCAUGGUCGGCAUGGGCUUUGUGCCCACUUGGGAGGCUUUGGCCGGCUUGCGUGUCAUUCUCGGUAUCUUUGAGGCCGGCUUCUUCCCCAGCUGCAUCUAUCUUCUGAGCACCUGGUACACGCGAUUCGAGGUUGGGAAGCGCAAUGCCGCCUUCUAUAUUCUGGGAUGUGUGGCCUCAGCCUUUGCCGCCAUCCUUGCCGCUGGCAUCAUGCAGAUGAAGGGCCUCGCUGGUCUUAACGGCUGGCGUUGGAUCUUCAUCACUGAGGGAUACAUCUCGUGCCUGAUCGGCAUUGCAGGCUUCUGGCUUCUCGUGGACUUCCCGGACUCCAAGCGAAAAAUCUGGAAUUUCCUGGGUGAUCGCGAGCGCGCCUGGGUUGUUGCCCGUGUGAACGCCGACCGCGGCGAUGCUGUGAUCCCGCCGUUCAAGUUGUCGCAGUAUUUCCGCAGCGGCCUCGACUGGAAGGUGUGGGCCUAUGCAAUGAUUUUCUUUAGCACAACAACGAUCACGUAUGCGCUUUCCUACUUUCUGCCCGUCAUCCUCCAGGAGAAUAUGGGCUUCACGACAGUGCAGGCUCAGUGCCUGAUCGCCCCGCCUUACGUAUUUGCCGGAUUGGUCAUGUUCUCGUUGGGAUACAUCGGCGAUCGCUACAAGGUGCGCGGGCCGCUGAUCGUCUUCUGCAUGCUGCUGUGUCUGAUCGGGCUGCCCAUCGUGGGCUUCCACCCUAACUCGGGCGUGCGCUAUUUCGGCAUAUUCUUGGUGACGGCGGGCGCAAACUCGAACGUUCCGUGCAUCAUGUCAUACCAGGCGAACAACAUCCGGGGCCAGUGGAAGCGAGCCUUUGCCAGUGCAACUCUUGUGGGCUUCGGCGGCUUGGGCGGUGUCUGUGGCAGCCUCGUGUUCCGCGAACAGGACAAGCCGGGAUACCGCCCGGGCAUCUACGCCUGCAUCGCUGUGAGCUUAGUGACGCUACUGCUUGUCUGCGCUUUGAGCCUGGACUAUCGCUCGCAGAACCGAAAGGCCGAUCGCGGAGAAAAGGAGCUGGAGACACUCGAGGACGGCUACCUGCCAGGAUUCCGGUACACUCUCUAA